UCAGCGAGGAAGGAUCCCUCCCACUCCACCAGGUCCUGGCCACUACAUAGAUGGUCGAUUUGAUGGCCACUCCUUUCUGUCUGGAUAUAUCUCGCUACUGCUUCGAGCUGAGCCAUACCCUACAUCCAGAUAUGCCCAGUGUAUGCAGACGAAUAGCGUUAUGGGUAUAGACAACAUAUGCGAAUUAGCAGCCAGACUUCUAUUCAGUGCUGUUGAGUGGGCAAGAAAUAUUCCGUUCUUCCCCGAUCUCCAAGUUACAGAUCAGGUAGCCCUGUUAAGAAUGACUUGGAGUGAAUUGUUUGUGCUAAACGCAUCGCAGUGUUCGAUGCCGCUCCAUGUAGCCCCAUUACUGGCUGCUUCUGGCCUGCACGCCAGCCCAAUGUCUGCCGACAGGGUGGUGGCUUUUAUGGACCAUAUUCGAAUUUUUCAGGAGCAGGUUGAGAAAUUAAAAGCGUUACACGUGGACUCUGCCGAGUAUAGCUGCAUCAAAGCCAUAGUUCUGUUUACAUCAGGUAAGUUCGCAUGGCGUUCAUCUUAUUCAACAUGAAAACUCAUUCCACUUGCUGCCUGCAGAUUGGCUCACAGUAAAAUGAACUGAUGAACCACUUGGCAUGCUGCCUGUACCAAAUAUAGAAUGGUACAUAUAAAAACAAUACAUCUGAAUAUAAUAUAUAGGCCUAUAAAUGCAUGUGUAAAUAACGUUAUACCUUUUCCGAAUAGGCCAAUAUACAACUAUGUAAGUCUAUGUUAUAUGCUAAUUGAAUAGAGUAUCUUUCCGAGGAUGUACAUUAGAUGAAAUUAGCAUCUACAACAGCGCAGAAAGGAUAUGUACAGUGAUGGCGGUACACUGUUACCAAUGGUUUGUGUUCAAUUGUGCAUUAAAAUCGAUGUUAUACACAUAAUAAUAUUGGUCUACCCUAUACCCUACCAUCAUAUACACAAUGCAAUCAUAGGAA